AUGGAAGGUACCACAUGGAACGCGAAUCCCAUCCUCAAAGAGGUUUCUACAAAGAAGAAAUCACGUCAGCUACAGGCAGAGAAACGAAAGGCAGCGGUGGCUGCCUGGUUUUCUUUGCACUCAGAUGAAGAGGGGCAAGAUGUCGAUAUCAACGAGCCCAUAGAUGAAGAAGAAAUAUUUGAUCUCAUCCGAUCAAUAAACGACCCAGAGCAUCCGCACACGCUCGAAAACUUGAUGGUUGUAUCCCAGAAGCAAAUAAGGAUCAAAGGGAAUCUCGUAGAAGUCGAAUUUACGCCCACUGUUCCGCACUGCGGCAUGGCCACAAUCAUCGGGCUUUGCAUUCGAGUACGACUUCUGAGAAGCCUACCUAAUCGAUUCAAAGUCGAUAUUACGAUCAAAAAGGGCACUCAUCAAAGCGAGAACGCAGUAAACAAGCAACUCAACGACAAGGAGCGUGUCGCGGCGGCACUUGAAAAUCCAAAUCUACUCGAAGUCAUCGAGCAGUGUCUCGCGUCUGCAGAUCAUCAGCACUGCGGACAUGAUCAUUAG